AUGAUUACUUUUCUUGGCUGUGGUGUGUUCGCGUCUGAUAUUUCACAGGGUUCAGCGUCUUCCUCUCACUCCCCUCCCGCCAGCCCCGAUCUCCACCCCCCGGGCAAGCAGCGGUACCUGGAGAACAAGCCCUUCUCCUACGGGGUGCCCAGCAUCAAGCAGACGUGUGAGAUGGUCGUCCGGUCCAGGGAAUCCUCGCCCCACAACGGCCGACACACCAAGUCGGCCGUCUUGUCUAGCGCUAGCGACUACGCCAGGUUCGCUCACAACGAAGAAAACGGUCAAGGUUAUCCAAAGGUCAACGGCAGCCGGGACCGGUCUGCGUCCGUGCCGGAUGAGUACCAUGAGGUCAAGGCCGAGUACGUGCAGGAAAAUAUCUACGACUCGAGGUACAGCGAGGGGAUCUACGGCAAGUUCGUUCAGCCGGGGAGCCAGAACCGCCCCAAGCUGACCUACGUCCCGCCCCCCGUGGUGCCGACCCCGCCCCACGAGCAGCACAGCCAACAGCAUUACCCGCAAGCUGUUGAACAGCUGAGAUCAGACGCCGCUGGUGUGUGCACCCAGCACCAUCACAACCAUCACAACAACAGCAACAACGCCCCGCAUUUUCAUUCUCCUUCGUCGUCGAUCUCAUCGAGUUCCCCGAUGUCCUCGCCCAAGGUCAACCACUCAAGGUCACGCCCGGACGCCAUACCUCCCCCGCCCUCAUUCCCCGCCCCCCUCCCCCCUGUACCAGGAUACGAAAGAUACGCCUCAGCUGAGCCUUCCAGACACUCGCCUUCUCCUCCCCCUCCCCCACCCCCAGCGGAACCAGGCAGCUUUUCUUCCAGAUCUUCAAGGUCAUCCACCAGGAGGUCAAAGACGUCAUCGCCGACGCCUAUGGCGUUACACAUGCCCCCCACCCCCGUGCCCCCACCUCCACCCCCACCCCCUAGCACCUUCACACCCCCAAACCACCUGGACAAAACUCUCGGUGCCGCGCGGACUGGAUCCCCGGCGCGAUUCACAGCGAGCAAACAGCCGUCAACAGCCACCCUAGACCAGCUGGCUCAGGUCAAGCUUCGGACAGUCAGCGAGUCCGGCUCCGUCAAAUCCCCAACACCGGUCGAAGAGCCGGCACCGGCUGCCAUUAACGUCAGACUACGUCCUACACCCGGCAAGUUCGGCAACAUUUACACAGAGGAACCAGAGGAGACAACUCUACCCCCUCCUCCACUGCUCGACGAUUUAGAUGAGUUACCUCCCCCGCCGCCUCCACCUGAACUCUUAUGUCAUGACCUCACCAGCCUCCAUCUCGCGACCAUCCCGACCCCCAUCCCCUCCCAGCCCCCACCCCCACCUGGGCUGGCAGGUGAGGGGAAUUCCACUCCGAUGCAUCACCCACCCCACGUUGAGCACCAGCAAACGAGCGGUGCCAGUGGCAGGAACGGAGCCGUUAUUGGUGCUGGAUCAGACUUCUACACUCCGGGGUUGGAAAAACUCACAACAGAGUCUGUGGCCAACAUGGACUUUGAAAUUCCUGACGAUAUCGAUCUAAGUCAAUGUCCUGGACUAGUGGAGAUCAACAAACACACCCCAAACUGGAAAAAGGACAUGAUAGAGAAGAAGAACCAAGAGAAAAUUGAGGAAUAUGUUAAAGGUAUUUUGAGACAAAGAGAAUUGGAAGCAAAAUGGAAAAAUGUCCCUGAAUGGAAAAGAAAAAUUUUACAAAAGAAGGAAGAAGAGGAACAAGGGAUAGUAAAAGCUGAAACACCAGAGAAAGACAAGAAGCCACCCGAACAAAAAUCUGGAGAAAAAGAGAAAAAAGUCGCAAGUAAAAAAGCACCAGUGCCACCACCACCACCACCAAAAGAUGAUUUUGUUCCCCCCAAACCAAAAGGUGACAUUGUUCCAGCUGCCUUGAGCAUAGAUCCUGAAGAACUAGCUGCAAUGCCUCCAUGGAAGAGGGAACUGCUGUUCAAGAGGGACAAGGUUCCAAUCACAUUUUCUAAUGAGUUUAACCCUGAGGAACAAGAGCAGUCUGGGCAGGGGGACGACCCCGAUGCCAGUUGAUGGAGUUCUCUGAGAUAUGAAUGACUGCUUUCUUGUGUAAAUGUGUACACAAAUCAAAUGUUGAUUUCAUUACCAGAUUUUUCUGCCCACUAUGUUAGAACUUUUAAUUAAGAAAGGGUUUUGUUUUAAAGUAAUUCAUUAGGCAAUUAUCAACAAAAUGCAUAUUUCAAUGAUUAUAUAAAAUUGAUGUGUAAAUAAUUUUUUUUUAAAUUCUGGUAAUUUUUGUAACCUUUGUUUUUGUAAAAUAUUUUACUAUUUUAUCUUUGAAAGAUAAAAAGAAAUCUCUUUUUUUACAUUUUGUAAAAUAAUUUUGGUUGUUAAAGUGUAGUCUUGUCAGUUGAAACAGGAUAAUUAAAUGCAAUUUGUAUCUGGCAAUAAACCAAUGUGAGGAUAACUGUGUGAUUGUGAAAUUGAAAUGAAUUCAUUUUAUACUCAUAAAGAUGUAUAGUCUUAUAUAAAUUAAUAAGCUGGAUUGUAUUAAUGCCUGUGUGAACAUGUUCAAAAACUUGCCAGAUUGGCAAGAUUUUAUUUUUAAUCUAGCUAGAGUAGUAUAUAUUUUAUACUUAAAAUAAAUUGUUUUUAAAUGUGUAUGAUCUAUGAACUGGUUUUUAGAGUUUAAAAAAGUAUCUACUUUAUUACUAAAAAAUUAUUUUAUCAAGUGUUUAAAUCAUAGUUAUAAUAUUAUUGUGAGCCGAAUAGUGCCAAAAUAAUUUCUACAAAGUUUUCCUUAUAUGAAAACCAAAUUUAUUAUGAAUAGUAUAAAUCAUAUAGAACAUUAGAAACAAAUCAUUAAUUAUUCAAAUAAAGGCCUACUAUAAUUGAGUUUGGAUAAUUUUUAGCUAAUGCUAUUACUUGUUAGCUUGUCUUUUUGAAAAUUCUGUUACUAUAAUGUUUAUCUAUUUAUGUAUAAUAUUUUGACGGAAUCUGAUUUAUUGUAUUAUACAAUCGAGAUCUUUUUCCACCAUUAAAUUACUGUAGUGAUCUCUUGUGGAUUUCAACUUUAGAUUGUUGAAUUUGAAUUUUGUACAAUAUAGUUGAGACAAACUGCUUCCUGUUAUGUGUCUUUAACACAAUAACUGGAACUGCCAAGCUCUUUUUGAUCUGUUUUACAACAAACUCUUUAUAUUUAUUAAUUGAAUUGAUAAAAAGGGAUAAAAUUAUGAAGAGCGCCCUCUCUAUUAUAAAUACAAUUUGAUGGGGUUUUUUAAUGCCCUUUCGUAAGAUGUUAAGGUUAUGCCAAUUAAAACAUUAAAUUUAUACACAAUACCUUUUUGCAUUUAGAGGCUUUUUCUAUUGGAAAAGUAAAUAAAGCUUGAACAAAUCUACUUGACUGAUUUAUUAAAAUAGUAUUAUUAUACUGAAAAUUUGUUGGUAUUUGUGUACAAAUUUUUCUCACUUUUCUGUGUUGUAGACUACUUGUAGAUAAAAUGAUGAAGUUUUAAAUUCUGUCAACUAUGGUCAUUAAAUGACAAAUAUCUUCAAAUAUGUUAGUGCUUUGCAUUAGAUACAUUUUUACAUUUCAAAUAAUCAUAAAGGUUCUGCCAUCUUGUGUUUACAAACUAUGUGAAUAAGAGUUGUCCACCCUCCUUCUAAACUUCUUUGAUACUGGUGUGAUCACAGUGUCUUAAACAAUAAACGUGCCUUUGCUAUUGAAAGCUACAUUGCACAGUUCAUUUGUCACCUUUCUAAGCUAGGUUCUAUUUUCAAAAAAGGCACAAUGUUGCUGUUAAAAGUGGUACAGUUUUCAAUCAGAGCCUUCAUCAAGCUAAUAUCAAGUAAAAUAUUCAUCUAGCUAUCAAAGUACAAUCCAGCAAAUUAUAAAACGUUUCUGAUUUCUAAAGGAGUUUUGAAGAUACUUUUAAACAUACCUGUAUUCUAUUAUCUUUGUAUAUAUUUUUAAUAAAUAAUUUAUUUUAAUGUAAAUGUAAAAAAAAAUUUAAACUUUUAUAAGUAAAAUAGUUUGUUAAAAACUUAUGAAAACAAAUCAUGUCGCUGUUGUUUAAAGUCAGUAAUCAUUGUUGUUAGAUAUAUUUGUUUCUUUUAUUUUCAGUGAUUGGUAUUUUAAGUUGUUCAUUACCUACAACACCAAAAGGGAGAAUUAAAGAGCUCUAAUGAUUGCAAUUGUAUUGACAGUUAAAGUCAUUGAUUAUUUUUAUGCAAAUUAUUGUUAGCAUAUUCUACUUUGUCACAUUUAAUCAUUUAUUUAUUCAUCAGUUUGUGAUAUAAAUUUAGCAUCUCCUAUUUCAUUUAUCUGUUUGUAAUGUAGUAGCUGCCAUUGCUAAGAUGUGUAUGCUUGUAUAAAACAUUGCUAAUUUUUUUUUUAUAUGAAUAUUUUUCUCAAAGGUUAAAUCCUGUUAUAGUUCAAUUUUAUAUAAAAUAUGAAAAUAACUGAGAAUUGUAUAAAUCAACUAAAGAUUGCCAAAAGUUCCUUUAAAAAUAAUUUUUUAAACCAGCUUUAAAAAAAAGGUUUUCUAAGUUUGAA